ACCCCAGUUCCUGUUCAAAACUGGAGCACUCCUGACUCUUAGAGAAAAAAACUGGUUUUUGAAAAAUACAUUUGAAAAAUAACCCUUUGAAUAUUUCAAUUUGCAUAAAGAUUAGCAUCACUUUUUAAUAAUUUUUUAUUGAUUAUUUAUGUCACGGUUUGUCUCUCAUGCACAGUAUCUGAUUGACUGUUAAAUCCCUGAGUUCAUGUGCACUUAAUGGUGAUGUAACGGUUUGGUGCUGAGCUGAGCCUGUGAGAAUAGAGAAAUGCCUUAAUGUGUUGAGGCCAAGAGCAUGAUUUUUAUCAAGUCAGGUGGGGUUGGUGUGUUUUACAAUAAUCCUGUUUAUUGCUACAAUGAGACAAUAGAAAUGACCCCCUCAUAGGAAAGAGGGCAGGCACAUCCGUCUGCGUUACACAAAUCUGUCUUUUAUCACUCGGCUGCAAUAGAAAGCAUCCGCCGUUUUGUGCGGAGGACACGCAUAAGGGUUAAAAUGGUACUGAGCAGAAACACCCAGGGCCCUACAUUCUGCCACCGUCGGGGUUAGCUGGCCAUGCUCACGUUCGCUAUCUUAUACCGGGGGUGGAAUUUAAGAGAACACCGUUGCUUUAAAUAGUAUAUUAUUAAUUUCCGUACGUGCAUUUUAAAUCCCCUAUUUGCAUUUGGAAUUCAAAAUUAAAAAUUGUGCGUUUAAUUUACAGGCUGUCGACUUUUUGCCAGGUAAAAUGAGUUUCAUGACUGCCAUUCUUAAAUAGCUCGGUAGAUGGCACUGUAAUACCAAUGCACGAAAGAAAAACAAUUCUAUACAAUUCUAACAGUAGUAACAGAAAAGAUGCCGGUCUGUUUUGAUAUCGAAAUAGCCUACAACCAGGUCGAGGAAAAAUGCAUUGAUAGAAGAAGUUUCUCUGCGUUGGGAUAUGCAACUUAAAUCUCACGACCCUGACCAUUCCGGCAAAUGAAUUUCGGAAAACUGCAUGCAUCUUAUUUUUAAUUAUCUUUUCAUUGAAGUUCAGCAAUGUUUCGACACACGGUGAAUAGCCUAGUCGUUCUGUUUUCUAAAAUAAUUAAGUUUUUCAGCUAGGCCUAAAUUAGCCUACAGAACGCGUAUUCAGUCAUUUAUGUAAAAGAAACUGGGCGUCAGUUGGCUACUUGUGCAGCAGUUGAUAAAUUAUGUAAAUAUGUAAAAAUGUUGUCUAGGAAAAUCAGACGUGAGUUGCUUCGAUGUGCGGAAUAUAUUACGGAACGUGGAAUAGUUAAUCUAAAAAAGGUCGUCGGGCCACUCAAAUAUAGGCUACUCAAAGUAGAAAUAUGCAUGUAACAUCUAAGGCCACCGACAUUGGUGAAGUUAUACCUUUGUUUAAAUAAAUGGCCUAUAUCAACUAUUCAAGGUGAACCAGCCCAGAAAACUUUUGCUGGUUGCUAUUCUUUAGAAAUGUGCAACCAUGCACGGCCUAUAUCAUUACAUCAAAUGCACAAUGCAAAAUCAAAUACAUAAUGCUGUAAUGAAUAAAACUCUGAAGCAUAUUCAGUCUUAAAUCUUCUAUUUCGAAUGACCUUCCGCUCAACCCCAUCAAUCAAUUCCCAAUAAUUACACAAUUUGCAUAAUGUAACAGCUUGUGCGCAGUAAGUGGGCUAAACCCACAAGUAAGAGCACUGAUAUUGGCUACGGUUUAUUGUUAAUUCUGACGCCUGGACCCAGAGUCAAUCAAAACAACUUAACCAAUCCGCGCGUUCAAGGGGCAGGCAAUCCGAAAGCGCACAUGUAAUAAAAGCCUGGAGUGGCACACUUUUCGAGCAUAUUCGGCUAAUAUUCGUAGGACUGAGACAGUGAAUCGAUUGUGGAGGCUUCAAAAGUAUGUGCGCUGUUUCAAAGAAGAACAUCGAAAUACACAAAGCUUCUGUUGAUGUCAUAUCGUUCCGUUCAGUUGUUCUCCACGCGUAGUCCCAUUUUCGUUGAAAAUAAUGGGGGACAUUCUUAAUUAUACUACCAGCGGAACAUUUAACAGCUCUUUGACAGAUGACGACCGGUUCAGCAGUCUGGAGGACAUAGAUGUACCUGCAGACGGGAGCCCUGUUCUCAGGUUCUUUAUUUCGAUUGUGUACUCAGUGGUGUGCGCUGUUGGGUUGGUGGGGAACUUGCUGGUUUUUUUCUUCAUAAAAGUAAAACAAGGGAGGAAAAAAUCCACAAUUAACUUUUUUAUUCUUAACCUGGCCGUGACGGACUUCCAGUUUGUGUUGACCCUGCCCUUCUGGGCGGUGGACACCGCUCUGGACUUCAGCUGGCCGUUUGGACAUGCGAUGUGCAAGGUCAUUCUGUCCGUCACCGUCAUGAACAUGUACGCUAGCGUGUUCUUUCUCACUGCCAUGAGCAUUACUCGCUACUGGUCUGUCGCAUCAGCUCUUAAGAACCAAACUCGACAAAUAUCCUGCUCGGUGAAAUGGGUGAGCGCACUACUGUGGGUCUCGGCGACCGUGGCUACGGCACCAACAUCUAUAUACUCCACGGUGAGAAACGUAGCUGGAGAGAAACUCUGCCUCUUGAAAUUCCCUCGUGGACAGUACUGGCUUGCCGUGUACCAUCUUCAAAAAAUUUUGAUUGGCUUUGUCUUACCGAUGCUAACAGUUUCAAUCUGCUAUUUGCUGCUCCUGCGGUUCAUCCGCCUGCGGAGCAUGAACACCAAAAACUCCAAGCGGAGAUCCAAAGUCACAAAAUCCGUCACCAUCGUGGUUCUCUCGUUCUUUCUUUGUUGGAUGCCAAACCACGCCAUCACGUUCUGGGGAGUCUUAGUCAAAUUCAAUGUGGUUUACUGGGAUAAAACAUACUACACUGUUCACACCUAUGUGUUUCCUGUGACUGUCUGUCUAGCCCAUGUCAAUAGUUGUUUAAACCCAGUUCUUUACUGUCUCACGCGGAAGGAGUUUAGGAAGAAGCUAAAAGAUUUAAUUUUUAGAAUGUAGCCUCUGGUGGCUGCUUCAGAUGCAGGAAUGAAUAUGGUGGAUGUUCUAAAAAAUAUAUAUAACCCACAGAAAUUAUUUUAUUAUUUGUUGGAAGGAAAUGGGUAUGUGUGUUUUGAUCUAGCUUACCGAAGAUGUAAGACACGUUGCGAACACAUUUACAGUUCCAUCAGGUAUUGGACCUACAGCUAAUGCCAUUAAAGUGACAGUAAUUUUAUUAAAAUCAGAAUUCAUUUGUCUGAAAUUGAUUUGACGUGAUAAAAAGAACACUGUUUACAUUUUGCCGUGGUAUGUCUCGCUUGUCCUCAGAAAUGUAGCUCACAAUUUGUAUAUGUCCAGCAAAUGGCGUGAGACAGCCCACUCUAUUCUCUAUUCAUGCGCUAAGUGGCCAGAGUAAUGCGAGUUCGCUUUUGUAGCCUAUUUAACGGAAGCUAUAGGUGUGUUGACAUGCUGUAUAAAAUAGCUGUUGUUUUAUGGUAAUAGUUUUAGGCUACAUGAGGUAAUGGAAGCAAUUGUACACAAUCAUCAUUCAUAACUAAGACUGCUCACAACUUGGAAAAAUAACAGAUCGACUGCUUUUAUGUAAAUAAUUAGCCACAUAUUUAAAUCUUAAUAUUUAGUGUCCCAAUUUAAAAUAUUGAGUGCUGUGUUGUUUUUAAGCCUUCUAAUAUGUGGUGCGAGUAUGUUCUAUUUUAAACCAAAAUGCGUUCUAGAACCAAUGAUGUCGAUGAAAAUGGUAUUUAAAAAUAAAUAAAUAAUUUAAAUUAAGUUUAAACGCGCUUUAUAGUCUAAUUAUGUAACUGUGAUAUUGUGAGAUGUUUCAUUUUGAUCUCGGAUCCUACGCAUGCUGCUGUAUCGUCAUGUUAUAAAAUCAAUCAAGUAUGUCAUUCUAUUAUUGAAAAUUAAUUGU